CCAGGGCCAUGAGAAGGCAAGCUUCUGGCCUUCCCCUCCCACUCCUGGCAGUGAUCCUGCUGGCCCCAACACCUGCCCCAUUCCCGGCCCCAGACCUUGAUGUCCCUGGCACCCCACUUUCUCCAGCCGAAUAUGAGCGCUUCUUCUCAGCACUGACCCCAACCUGGAAAGCAGAGACUGCCUGCCGCCUCCGAGCAACCCAGGGCUGCCAGAACCACAAACUUGUUCAGUUGGAUCAAUAUGAGAACCAUGGCACCCUGCCCAAGGGCUCUGUCUGCACAGACCUACCUUAUGCUUCCUGGUUUGAAUCCUUCUGUCAGUUUACCCAGUAUCGUUGCUCCAACCGACUCUUCUAUGCCAAGAGGGUCUUGUGCUCCCCAUCAAUCCCAGCUCUCCCAAUCCAUGAUAUCCCUACCAAGAGUGACAGGACAACAGUCCCGUUUAGCCUGCCCAAUGUCCCAACAGGAAAUAAAGUCUCUCUUGGAGAAGAGGUGAGGGAGAAGAAAUCAGGGAUAACUGCUCUGCCUUCCUCUGAGCCAAAAAAUGAGGGACUGACCCCUCAAAACUCUCAGCCCUGGCCGGAACAGCUUCAACCUGACAUAGAGGAGCUAUUGAAACCCCCCCAAUCCUUGGAAGGACAGGACAGUAAAAUCUACACAGAAUCUCCAUAUCCCAGCCCUAAUCCUAGCCCUGUGGUGAUCGAGAGCAUCCGGGCACUCAUUCAAUCAUCCCAGGCCCUGGGGGGCCAGAACAAGACCACCCUCACUGAUCAAGAACCUUCUUCUAGGAGCACUGGCUUCGGUCAUCCUCAGUCAUUUUCCUCCAGUCUUUUAUCUCUGCCUGGGGAGGAGGCCCUGUUGGUGUUGUGCUAUGCGAUCCUUUCAGGCAGCUGCCCUGCUAGCCUUGUGGCCAAAGCCUGGCAACAUAUUGAACAACAAAUGUAUGGCUUCAAACACGAGGUGUGUGACAGCCUUGGGCGACGACACAUGGACACUUGCCAGUUUUGUGCAUUCUGCUCCCUGAAGCUAGAGCAAUGCCAGUCAGAGGUCCCUUUGAAUCGGGAGCCCUGCAGUGAAACCCACAGCAUAAAGUUCCUCAGCCCCCUGCUCUCUUCACAGGAUUCCAGUACAGGCACACAGGUGGGACCUAUAAUAGAGGGCCAGUAUUAUGGGCUGGACUUAUAUGGUGGGCUUCGCAUGAACUUCUGGUGCGGCCGGAUGGCCACAAAGGGCUGUGAGGACCCCCGAGUCUCCAGCUGGCUGCAGACUGAGUUCCUCUCUUUCCAGGAUGGAGAUUACCCCUUCAAGAUCUGUGACACGGACCAUUUGCAGCACCCUAACUACUGUGCUUUUAAAAGCCACCAGUGUUUGCUUCAUAGCCAGGACAGGAAGGUGUUCCGCCUGAGAUGUUUGAAGAGUGAGAAGUAUUCUGUACUGAACAUAGCCAAAGGCGAAGAGGCUAUUCUGCUCUGGAGCCAAGAAUUCAGCAGUAUAACCCUGGGCCAAGCAAGAUGAACUUGGAAAUCAAGGAGAUAUCAGAGGUCCCUUGGAUCCAUCUCAGUGCACUUCAUCCUCUAAGCUUUGCUCAUUCCCACUCCCUUCCCCAGCCUCCUUUCUUCAAAUCCACCAUCCCUCGCUCUGGCUUCAGCCAGCCCAGCCCUCCCCAGACUCUGGUCAUCCGGCCCCUGAUCUCACCCUCACAUUGUUUCUUAGAGUGAAGCAACAGAGAAGGACAUUUGCUGUUAUGAUGAGGAA